AUGGGUUUCUUUAACCGACGUCGCGAUGCGGCCGCCACGAACAACGGCGUGGUCCGGGAGCGUCGCCACGGCCGCCAUCACCACGGCGAGCCCUACCCCAUGGCCACCCGCCCUACCUUUGGCCAGUGGCUCAAGGCGACCUGGCUCGACAUCAUCACCAUGGCAGCCAUGGGCGCCAUCGGCCUCGGUGUCUACAUGGCCAAGCCCGCCCCGACCCGCUCCUUCGCCAUCACCUUCUCCGACGGCGAGGUCGUCUACCCGGAGUUCGCCUACCCCAUGCGCAAGGAGAUCGUCCCCAUCUGGCUCGCCGCCUUCCUCGCCUCCGUCAUCCCCAUCUUCAUCAUCCUCUGCAUGCAGAUCCGCGUCCGCUCCUUCUGGGACGUCAACAACGCCGUCAUCGGCCUGCUGUACUCGCUCAUCUCGGCCGCCGUCUUCCAGGUCUUCAUCAAGUGGCUCAUCGGCGGCCUGCGCCCGCACUUCCUGACCGUCUGCAAGCCCGACCUGUCCCUCGCCAGCAACAACCCGGGCAUCGUCGGCGAGGGCUACAACGCCGCCGGCUUCCGCGAGAUCUACUACACGCGCGAGGUCUGCACGGGCGACGAGAAGGAGAUCAACGACUCGCUCGAGUCCAUGCCCUCGGGCCACACCACCGCCGCCUUCGCCGGCUUCGUCUUCUUGUACCUGUACCUCAACGCCAAGCUCAAGGUCUUCUCCAACUACCACCCGGCCAUGUGGAAGCUCAUCGCCAUCUACGCGCCCCUCCUGGGCGCCUGCCUCAUCGGCGGCGCCCUGACCAUCGACGAGUUCCACAACUGGUACGACAUCCUCGCCGGCGCCGUCAUCGGCACCGUCUUCGCCUUCUCGGCCUACCGCAUGACCUACGCCGCCGUCUGGGACUGGCGCUACAACCACAUCCCCCUGCACCGCGGCGCCCCCUUCCAGUUCGCCAGCCCGGAGCUGUCGGCCGCCGUCUUCACGCGCCGCGUCGGCUGGGGCACCGACGCCGCCGCCUCGUCGCACUACGGCGAGAAGCACCACCACGGCUUUGGCGGCGGGCACGGCCUUGGCCACGGCACCCACGGCACUGCUACUACUGCUAAUGGUACUAAUGGUGUCGAUCCGUCUGUGCGCAGGCCGGUCGGGGCUGGUGUGCCGCCGGCUAGGGGUCCGGAGCACAUGGUCUAG